GAAAAUGUUCUGAGCUCAAGUUUUCAAGCAUUUUUGAGUGAUUUUAGUUAAAAAUUAACGUAAAAAGCAAUGUCGGUGGUAAUUGAGACAACAAUCGGUGAUAUUACCGUCGAUUUGUUCCUGAAAGAGCGCCCACGGGCCUGUUUGAACUUCUUAAAGCUCUGCCGCUUGAAAUACUACAACUACAAUUUAUUCCACACGAUUCAAGAGCAGUUUAUAGCACAAACAGGCGACCCAACAGGCAAAGGAGAUGGCGGAGAAUCCAUUUUUGGCGUCCUCGAAGGCGUUCACAAAAGAUAUUUCGAAGCUGAAACGGUGCCAAAGAUUCGUCACACCGAACCUGGCUUACUUUCAAUGGUUGGUGCCGGCGAAGGACUCAUCGGAUCGCAAUUUUUCUUCACUCUGGGCGCAGAUUUGCUCUCGCUCGACGGCAUUCACUGCGUUAUCGGCGAAGUAACGGAAGGACAUGAAGUUUUGGCGAAACUAAAUGAAGCUAUUUGCGAUUCUAAUGGGCGCCCGUACAAAGAUAUCCGCAUAACGCACACCGUCGUACUCGAUGAUCCCUUUAACGAUCCCCGAGGCUUUCGAGAGCCAUCGAGAAGCCCUUCGCCAACACCUGCGAGACUAGCGGGAGGACGAAUUGCAGCCGAUGAAGAGAUUGACGACACCGAAGGCAAAACGGAACAAGAAAUUAAUGAGAUGAUUGCUGAAAAGGAGGCAAAAGCACGCGCUACAAUCCUCGAAAUUGUCGGAGAUUUGCCGGAUGCGGAUAUGGCACCGCCCGAAAAUGUCCUUUUUGUCUGCAAAUUGAACCCUGUUACCACAGACGACGAUUUAACGAUCAUUUUUUCGCGUUUCGGCAAAAUUGUGAAUGCUGAAGUCAUCAGAGAUCGCGUAACAGGCGAUUCCCUUCAAUAUGCCUUCAUAGAAUUCGAAGACAAGAAAAGCUGCGAAGAAGCAUAUUUCAAAAUGGACAAUGUUCUUAUCGACGAUCGUCGAAUUCACGUGGAUUUCUCCCAAAGUGUGUCAAAAAUUCAAUGGAAAGGCAAAGGACGCUGGACAAUAAAGGAAGACGAGCCGAAAAAAGGACCAAAAAAUCAAAAAUCCUUCGAAAAAAGAGACAGAAGUCGCUCACGUGAACGAAAUCGGUACAGAAAAAGCCCAGAAAGACGUGACAAUCGAAGAAACGAUUACAGAAAUCGUAAUUAUGAAGACAGAAAUCAAAGAGAUCGAAGUUUUCGUGAGCGUCGUGAACGCAGAAGUCGUUCGCGAGACGAUCGCAGAGACCGAAAACGAUCAGUUAGUCGUUCGCGAGAUGAUAAGCGCAGAAGAAACCACUCGAGAAGUCGUUCGGUAGAGGAAAAACGUGUAAAAAGACGUUCUCGAAGUCGUUCACGUGAUGAAAAGAGACGAAGAAGCCGCUCACGUGAAGAAAAAAGACGGAGAAGUCGAUCAAGAGAGGAAAAACGAAGGAAAGAAGACACAAGAGGCGAAAAACACAAGAAAAAGAAGUCAAAAAAGUCUAAACGGAGAUCAAGUUCUUCAAUGAGUUCAAGUUCGGAAUCGGGUCGAGAACAAAAACGAAGUCACAGACGAUAGUUGUGAAGAAAUUUGAUAUAAAUUCUAUUUUAAAAUAAAAUAGAAUAAAAACAAAAAAUUAUAA